CGGGUCCCUUUUUUCUCUCGUAGCAUCCUCCUUGGACGCAUCCGUUUUUUCUCUCGGAGCAUCGCCCUCAAGAUUCCACGGGUCGCUAACGUCACAGUGCUGAAGAAAGAAGUCCCAAGUGAUCUUGAAGAACUAUACCUUCAACGGCAAAAUCCAAGUAGUUUGUUGUUUCAUCUAGCGAGGUGUCUGUAAGAAGGAAGGGAUAAGGCGUUUGGUUGACCCGGACCGGACGGCAGGACACCGUCGGGGGUUCGCUGCAACGCAUCGACGGCUUCCGCAGCUUCUCAGGCCAAGGCUACAAGGUUUUGAUGGAACCGGUCGUAUUGAACCGUGAAAGAGCCGCAGCUGACCGCCUAAAACGGAUGCCUAUCUUCAGAUUGUUCGACGACUACCGUGAUGAAGAUUUUUAUGGGCUUCCGCGGAAAUACAGUAUUGUCGCUCGGGUCGAAGUUAAAUUCCCGAUUGAACCACGUUUUCGUGAUAGACAACAUUUCGUUUUGUCUGACAUCAAUGGAGCCAAGAUCGAGGCCAUAACAUAUAUGUAUGAGACAGUCAAACAUUUCGACAAUUUGCUCCAUGAAAAGCAUGUUUACAAGAUGCAUAAUGUGAAGUUCAGUCUUCAUCCGGGUGAAUUUAAUUUUCGUCAUCUAAAUGGUCCCAUGGAAUUGUGUCUUGACCAACAAACUAUCGUGGAGCCAUACACUGUUCCAAUUCAGAUGGCGCCAUUCCCAAAACAAAUACUAUUGAACCUUGCUGAUAUUGCCGAGUUGCCAAACAGGACUUUAGUCGACAUUAUGGCUGUUGUAGUCCACUUGGAUACAAUACAUCGCACAAUGUGGGGCCCUUUCAGAAAGAUUGUUAUAAUGGAUGCUAGGGGAUAUUUACAUAUCAUUAAAGUUUGGGGUGACCUACUAAACAAAAAUGCACUCCGCUGGGCGUUGGCUAAGGUGGAUUAUGGCAUAAUAAUUGGGAAUAUGUUUAGACGGUUCAGAAGACAAGAGUGCCUCGAGUCUUCGGAUCAUACCGCAAUACACUUCAAUCCGUUCCAUCACAACACCCAUCAUUUUCGACCAAUCCAAAAAGCUUUGGUGGCGCUGAACAACCGUCAGUUUGCUGUUACAUUUCUUGAAGAAGAAAGGCGUAGAUAGAUUCUACAAAUUCGCAAAGAGCAAUAAUUGGGACUAUGUUUAGGCGUAGAGAGAUUUGAUAGAAUACGUGUCGUACUGUUAUUGAGCAACCAAACGCAACAAGAGGCAAA